AUGGUGAUUAGUUAAUUUUAUCUUUUUCUCAUCUUAUUCUUUGUUUUGUUUGGAUCCUACCCCUACCAAACAAAAAUUACAUUUCUCAGAUGGCAGCACGCUGCAGCGUUCAACUUUUUGUCAUUUGUACACGACUUUAUUAGUUAAGUCGGAGAUAAUUGAGUUGCUGCCGCCCCAUAAUUAUGGGGCAAUAAACUGUUCCGUCUCCAACACAAAAAAGCGUCCAAACUACUCAGAAAGACCCCACCCUUCUAUUUAUUGCGUUUUCUGGUGUUUUCAGGCAAUGAGACGAGGAGGGGUUGCUACCGAUGUCCAGGACGUCCCUCCAUUUUAUAGACAUGUCCUUGAAAGGACACUUUUUUCUACAAGCUCAUGCGGGUAGUCCUAGUAAAAAAUGAUGAAAGCCUCUUAUAUAUCACAAAUUGGCCGUAAUAUAAAUCUUCUCUAGCAAACGACGAACAAGAGAAUUCAACACAUUUUCUGAUUAUAUCGAAUUUAGUCAGUACCAAAAAGAGUAUUCAACGAGUUGAUCCUUCACUUAUCGUGGAGAGGGUCCAACUGGAUUUUCCGGAUACCGUAUGCAAAACGUCACAAAAGCAGUUAUGGCGCACAUUUGUCUGCUGUACGGUUUGCGAAUGUAUUGCCUGCUUACUGGCCAGGCAAAACCCCCUACUUAAAGACUAAGUACUCUUGAUUUUACGUAAUAAAUAUCAAAGCCGACACUGUAUACCAGCUAUGGGGAUCGGUAGUUUGCUCAUAUGUGUAGAACUCAUCACAGGCCGCAGAUCUUAUUAUAAUCUGCCUACAGUGGUUUUAUUAUCGCAGUUACCCUGGCACCCUGUUUAUUUUAUCUAAACCAGAGCUGCGAACUGGCUAAGCAUCCACUUGUGCUAAAAGAAAGACAAAGCGUACGGACCAGGCUUAGCUGCACAAUUUUUGAAGUUCACUUAACUUAUUGGGAAUGUCCGAUAAGUCCGGUCUCACAAGCGCUGAACAGUUAGUUUUGAAAUUCAUCCGUCCCAUCCGUCAGAUUCUUUUUUUUCUUAAUUUUUGAUGUGCCUUUUUCCAAUGUAUUAGGAUAUUAUUGAAUCCUACCUGAACUUGCGUCUCUUCGCUGACUGCCUGGAUGCCAGGGAUAAGGAAAAACCUGCAUGUGGUAAGAAAAACUUAUGCUUCGCGCUUCUUAAUUUCACGGCAUUUUACGAAGUUCUGUAGCAAAUAGAUGUCCGCAUUUCCGCACGAUUUCUGAGCCACACUACCAGUCAACGCUUUCAAAAGUUGGCACUGUCAUAAAUUGUUGAUUGCGUUCAUCUGUAUCUUAAGUGCUAGGCACACAAAGUGUUUGCUGCGUUCUUCUUAGAAUUUGUUUGCCAUUAGACUUUAGCCGUAUACUUCUCGUUUAGCAUUUAGCCUUCUGCAACUUUCUGCCAGCGACAUGUCUUGGAAGCGUCCCGCUUUCCCAAUAGUCUUGAAAUUUUCGGAAGAAGUUCACGAGUUCACUGUUGAGGUUGCAGCUGAUUAAAAAUGAAAAUGGAUAGACUCGCGUAGGACACUUUUUGACGGAUAUAAUGACUGCUUACUUAUAACGCACCUGAUAUUGGACAGUCUUAGACACGUUUACUUUUCAACGUAUGGUUUGACGUUGCCAUGCAGGUAGCAGUUCCCGUCUUUUCCUCAUGGUCAUUCUUUUCUGUCAUCAGAGAUUACCAAUACAGGUGGAGGCAUGUGGAUAUAGUUCCUGCCUGUCAUUCAGCAUAUUUUUUAGUGCGUACAGAUAUGGAGCGUUUUUAUGUCACUGUGUGUUUUUGUAGCCAGCCGCUAUCACCUACGCAUAUGGCUUACGUAUGUAUCCCAUUUCCCACCCUUUAUGAGGGCGGAUUUGCAGCUUCCGAGUCGUUGAAAACUUCGGACUUAAGUUUAGAGUCUUGGUCACCAGUCUGUCCGACAGUGUUACAAUUUCUUGUUAGCUUUUUCUGCAUAACCGACUAAAUUCAAGUACUUUAAAAAUUUUCCAAUCACCCUCACGUUUGUGGGUCCUAUUUCGCCUUCUGAAGACUAAGGCAAAGGAAACUGCUCUGUUAUUUAUAGGAUCGUCACAAGGAAUAUUUAUCGUCAGGGUAGAAUUUGAAUCUGACACAAUGUCAGACCAUUCGUGCUUCUUUCUUAAACCUGCGGACUUUAGGAGCACUUUUAUUGUGGCCUAUCAGAACAACUCGCAUGACACUAUUUCACUCAAGCGGUCUUUUAUCCUUUCUUGAAGGGUCCUGUUUGGUCAGCGUGCCCCCAGCCUCGUCACCACUCUACGAACCCUUCCAUCAGCUCAUCGAUUUGACUCGGGGUAGGUGUUUUCCUUUAUUCUCUCCUAAUUUUCAGCUGGCUCGGAUGGUAUCAACUGCCGUGCCUCGGAGACGCCGUUUCGAUGCUUCAAUGUUACCUAUGGGCUACUUGACAGAACGACUACGGAUCCUGUGUGGGAGAUGGUCUCUUUCUCUCUCGCCUGCCAUGGCUAUGUCAUUCACGCCGAACUACACCACAAACCACCAUUGGGGUAGGGAAUGCAUUUUGACUUGCCUACCCUACUGCUAACUGCAGUUUUCCUAAUGUAAUUUAUCUGCUGCCUACUUUACAACAAAGAUGGUUUGACUUGAAGUUACUUAUGUAGGGUGUGAUGGGAACAGAACCUUCAGGAGUAUGUGAUCGUGAUUAUGAAGUCCGUUUCCUGAAAUGUGUAAGAGCUGUGUACCUGUGUGGCAGAACCUAAUCCCGACACGAACGGUUACCGCAGAAACCUCACUGUCUACAUUUGAAAGUCGAUCUGAAGUAAUUUAAAGGCGGAGCUUUGAUCGCCUAAGGGAGUUGACUUUGACGUCAAACGCCUGACACACAAUCAAGCUUCGAUAAUCGAAAUACGAGCUCUUUAAAGGUGUUGCAUAGCGUUCUCUGGACGUGAACGUCGGCAAGCGCCACACAGACUGUCUGACCUGACCAUAUCUGUCAUCGUCGACUCUUUCAGAAGUAGUAUACCCUUUACACCUUGGAAUUUUAAACUGCGCACUUGAAGACGAUCGUAUAUUUACUAGUGGUUUUUUGGCAGUCUGUGUUGGGUUGGACAUCCGGUUGUGAACUCCUGUCUAUGCGCGCACAUCGACGAAACAACCGUCUUUUGCAACUAAUAAUCAUAGAGAAAGAAAAACAGUAAACCGUCGAGAGAUCUGCAGUUUAAAGCCGGAUCGGCAGAUUUUGAAAGCCUGACGCUUUGUCGUGGUGUCACCCGUCUGCGUUCUGCCUGACGCAGUCAGGGAUAUUGUCUUUCUCGACCAUGGCGACUUCUUGUCACAUAUUUUUAUUUCGCUCUCACUCUAGGCCGGAGACCCUGCUGAUGGAUUGUGAACCUCAGUUGUCACUUAAAAGAAAUGAAUUCAGGCUGCAAGAGAUGCUACCUCUGAGACGCUUCAUUGAAAAUGAAAUCCUUCCAGCGAUCCACGCCGAGCUCUCCGAUUCCCUCAUUGCCUCCCCAUCACCUACUACUCCUCCUCCUCCCCCUUGCCUUGCUCAUUGA